GUCUUCUUCUUCUCCUUCAUCUUCCUCUCCCCCCCUCCCUCCUCCAGCUUCUGCACUCCUGAGCAUGGAAAGCAAAUUAAACUCGUCGUCUAACAGCAGAGAUGAAGGCAAUAACGUAUUCCAGGGGAAAGCAGAGAAAAGUCUGACGGCGAGCAGCUCCAGCGUGAAGGAGCAUGGCAACUCGGUGUGCUUCAAGGCGGACGGCGAGGACCCCGUGGUCGGCUUCGAGGACGCGGAGGGGCCCAGCAGGCAGUACGGCUUCAUGCAGAGACAGUUCAGCUCCCUCAUGCAGCCGGGAGUCAAUAAAUUCUCCCUUCGCAUGUUUGGCAGUCAAAAGGCAGUGGAGAAGGAGCAGGAAAGGGUUAAAACUGCAGGCGUUUGGAUCAUACAUCCCUAUAGUGAUUUCAGGUUUUACUGGGACCUAAUAAUGCUGAUUAUGAUGGUGGGGAAUCUUGUCAUUAUUCCAGUCGGGAUAACCUUCUUCACAGAGCAGACAACAACACCGUGGAUUAUAUUCAACGUCGCCUCCGACACCGUUUUUUUAUUUGACUUGUUCAUGAAUUUUAGAACUGGGAUUGUCAUUGAAGACAAUUCAGAAAUAAUACUAGAUCCCAAAGUCAUAAAGAUGAGUUAUUUAAAGAGUUGGUUUGUGGUGGACUUCAUCUCUUCUAUCCCUGUGGAUUAUAUCUUUCUCAUUGUCGAGAAAGGCAUGGAUUCUGAGGUUUAUAAAACUGCCCGGGCACUACGCAUUGUGAGAUUUACAAAAAUUCUCAGCUUAUUGCGCCUGCUGCGACUUUCAAGAUUAAUUCGAUACAUUCAUCAGUGGGAAGAGAUUUUCCACAUGACGUAUGACCUUGCCAGUGCCGUGGUCAGAAUCUUUAACCUCAUUGGCAUGAUGCUGCUCCUCUGCCACUGGGAUGGCUGCUUACAAUUUCUGGUCCCUCUUCUUCAGGAAUUUCCAAGUGAUUGCUGGGUGUCAUUAAACAAUAUGGUUAAUGAUUCCUGGGGAAAACAGUACUCGUAUGCACUCUUCAAAGCCAUGAGCCAUAUGCUGUGCAUUGGUUAUGGAGCCAGGGCUCCUGUUAGCAUGUCUGACCUAUGGAUAACUAUGUUGAGCAUGAUUGUUGGUGCCACAUGCUACGCCAUGUUUGUUGGCCACGCCACAGCCUUAAUCCAGUCCUUAGACUCUUCACGACGACAGUAUCAAGAAAAGUACAAACAAGUGGAACAGUACAUGUCAUUUCAUAAACUGCCUUCUGACAUGCGACAGAAGAUACACGAUUAUUAUGAGCAUAGGUACCAAGGAAAGAUCUUCGAUGAGGACAAUAUUCUCAGUGAGCUGAACGAUCCUCUCAGGGAGGAAAUAGUGAAUUUCAACUGCCGAAAACUAGUGGCUACUAUGCCUCUGUUUGCUAAUGCAGACCCGAACUUUGUCACAGCCAUGCUCAGCAAAUUGAGGUUUGAGGUUUUCCAGCCUGGAGAUUAUAUCAUCCGUGAAGGAGCAGUUGGGAAAAAGAUGUACUUUAUUCAGCAUGGCGUGGCCGGCGUCAUUACUAGAUCCAGCAGGGAAAUGAAACUGACUGACGGAUCAUAUUUUGGAGAGAUUUGCCUUUUAACAAAAGGUCGUCGGACGGCCAGCGUGAGAGCGGAAACCUACUGUCGGCUGUAUUCCCUAUCUGUGGAGAAUUUUAAUGAAGUAUUAGAGGAAUAUCCCAUGAUGAGGAGAGCCUUCGAAACUGUUGCCAUUGACAGAUUAGACAGGAUAGGGAAGAAGAACUCCAUUCUCCAGCAACGAUUUCAAAAGGACCUCAACACGGGAGUAUUCAACAACCAGGAGAGCGAGAUACUGAAGCAGAUUGUGAAACAAGACAGGGAGAUGAUAGAAGGGACUCCCUCAGUUAGCUACCAACAAAUGCCAGCUCUAAAUUCUAGCACCAACACAUCACUGAGAAUGAGGACCCAAUCUCCACCUAUUUAUACUGCAAACAGUCUUUCUCAUGGAAACCUACAGUCUCCAACACCAAGUCCACAGACACCACAGCAAGCUGCUAUGUUCUCACCCUCUUUUACUUCAGCUGUGGGUAGUCCCUCAGUACAGAGUCCAUUGGCAGGCCGAACAUUUCAUUACAGUUCCCCCACUGCAUCACAACUUUCUCUAAUGCAACAACAGCAACAACAACAAUCAGCGUCUGGAGUGACGCCGAUCAAUGAAGUUCAUAAGAGCACCCAAGCUCUACCAAACUGUAACCUAACAAGAGAUGUGAGGCCUCUUUCUGCUUCACAGCCUUCCUUACCCCAUGAAAUUUCUACUCUUGUGGUAAAGCCACAUCCAACUGUAGGGGAGUCAUUGGCAUCACUGCCACAGCCUGUAUCAAAUGUGCAAGCUACAGGUGCUCAGUCUGGAGGCCGGAGCAAUGUCCCUCCUCGGGUUGCUCUGUUUCGCCAGAUGUCCUCCGGAGCUUUACCUCCUGCAAGAGCUGGAGCUCCAACCCCACCAUCAACAUCAUCUGCAGUUUCCAGUAAGGAUGCCACCCCCACAGGACCAACCACAGAAACAGACACAGACAAACCACGUUAUGCUUCAAAUUUAUGAUGCCUCUUGUGUGCAUAUGAACAGCACUGUAAUAAACUGAAAACAUCCCCAAAAAACU